AUGGCCAUGACAUCAUGUUCUAUAAUAUCUUUACCUCCACCACCUCUUCUCUCCAUUUCCAAGACCAAACAUCCUCACUCUUCUCUUCACAGCCACAACAAAGCUCUGACCUUUACCUUACCUCUCUCCUUAUCCACUUCUCUAUCAUCAAAAAGAACUGUUCCUUGUAAAGAAAUUCAUAGAAGGAGCACCCAAAUUUGGAGAAUUUACGCCACCCCUGAACAAGUCUUGCCUUCAGAUACAACCCCACUUGAGAGUUCCCAGCAGAUAGUAUCCACCACUAAUGAUGAUGGAGUUGGAGCCAUCAUAUCCGUCCUUCUCUUCGUUGCAUUUGCUGCUCUAUCCAUUCUCACUAUUGGGGUAAUCUACUUAGGAGUGACAGAUUUCUUGCAGAAGAGGGAGACAGAGAAGCUUCAGAAGGAACAGGAUUCUAAGAAGAAGAAGGGAGGGAAGAAGAGAAAGGAGAGAGCAAGGUCUGGGCCAAGAGGCUUUGGGCAGAAGAUCGAUGAGGAUGAUGAAAUUGACGAUUAG